AUUGUCGUUCUUCUUCAGCGGCCGCGCAAAUCCAGAUUAGGGUUUUAGCUGGUAAGAUAAGCGGCAGUGAGAAUGGUUGAAAAGGGUAGCAAAGGACGGAAGGAAGAAGUUGUGACAAGAGAGUACACUAUCAAUCUUCACAAAAGGCUCCAUGGAUGCACUUUCAAGAAAAAAGCCCCCAAGGCUAUAAAGGAGAUCAGGAAAUUUGCACAGAAGGCAAUGAGGACAACCGAUAUCAGAAUCGAUGUAAAGGUGAAUAAGCAAAUAUGGAGCAGAGGUAUCCGCAGCGUCCCCAGGCGAGUUCGUGUGAGGAUUGCCCGCAAGAGGAAUGAGGAAGAAGAUGCCAAGGAGGAAUUCUACUCUCUUGUGACAGUUGCUGAGGUCCCUCCUGAGGGUCUCAAGGGCCUUGGAACGAAGGUAAUUGAUGAAGCAGAUUGAUUUCAAUUUUGAAUGGAGCUUAUCUGCACUGUUCAUUCAUUUUGUAUUGCUAUAUGUUCCUUGAUUCAAGCAUGUUUGAGAUAUUUAUUUUGAAUUAUGCUUUCAUUUAGCUGGUAUUUGAUGACAUGUAAACUUUCUUGCGGUAAACUUUAAUACUUGGUUUUUCACUGCUUUGACAUUUUACUAUUGUAUAUUUGUUUUUUUU